UCCGUCCUGCGUGCCUGUUCUGAGGAGCAGCAGGCAGAACCCUCCGUCCGACUUCUCUGCCACCGAAGAACGCGCCUUCACCUCAUGGAAGACUCCAUGGACAUGGACAUGAGCCCUCUAAGGCCUCAGAACUACCUUUUCGGUUAUGAACUAAAAGCCGACAAAGAUUAUCACUUUAAGGUGGAUAAUGAUGAGAAUGAGCACCAGUUAUCUCUAAGAACGGUUAGUUUAGGUGCUGGGGCAAAAGACGAAUUACACAUCGUAGAGGCAGAAGCAAUGAACUAUGAAGGCAGUCCAAUUAAAGUAACACUGGCAACUUUGAAAAUGUCUGUACAGCCAACAGUUUCUCUUGGGGGAUUUGAAAUAACACCUCCUGUGGUCUUAAGAUUGAAGUGUGGUUCUGGGCCUGUGCACAUUAGUGGACAGCAUCUAGUAGCUGUAGAGGAAGAUGCAGAGUCAGAAGAUGAAGAUGAGGAGGAUGUAAAGCUGCUGAGUAUGUCUGGAAAGCGAUCUGCUCCUGGAGGUGGCAACAAGGUACCACAGAAAAAAGUAAAACUUGAUGAGGAUGAUGAUGAAGAUGAUGAGGAUGAUGAGGAUGAUGAAGAUGAUGACGACGAUGAUUUUGAUGAUGAGGAAGCUGAAGAAAAAGUUCCAGUUAAGAAAUCUGUACGAGAUACUCCAGCCAAAAAUGCACAAAAAUCAAACCAAAAUGGAAAAGACUUAAAACCAUCAACACCAAGAUCAAAGGGUCAAGAGUCCUUCAAAAAACAGGAAAAAAACCCUAAAACACCAAAAGGACCUAGUUCUGUAGAAGACAUUAAGGCAAAAAUGCAAGCAAGUAUAGAAAAAGCGCAUUGAACAUUCCUGGGCACUACUGGUAAAUUAAGCCCAAAGAUGGGGAAAGAGGAAAAGGAGAAACAAAUAUAGUCCAUACUGAGUACCAUCAACAAUCCAGACUGAAGUCUUCUAUUUAAUCUCAAUCCCCUUUCCUGAUUGGCCAUCCAUUCACCCUUGCACGCUGGAAGCAAUCUCUUGUUUUCCUAAAGCAUUUUUCUUUCACUCUUGUGAUGCAGAGAACUUUACUGCUUUCUACACUUGUGCAUAUGCCUCAUCUCUUAUCAUGUUUUAAUACCUUUGUAUCCUUAGCUGUUCAAUAAAUUUUUUGAAUA